AUGGCAAUAAGCGCUCACGAUACACCAGAGACGUUGUCAGUACCUACUAAUAUCCUACGCAAGGACUGCACGGCUUUGGGGAAGCACACUAAGGUUGACGUUUGUGGAGAUAGAAUACAUGAUAAUGGAAAGAGACGUGUGAAGCAGAGAGCACCAUAUCUCCGUAGCGACAAAAUACAGACGCUGUCGCGAGUAACGGAGAGAAGAUAUUUCCACGGAUCCUCAUAUCCAUUGGCCCUAAGCAUUUACAAAGCCAACUCGGACGAAUUUAAAACACCGAGACGAAAUAAGAAAAUAAAAAAAUCUGUACACACAUUGCCUAAUUAUUCGGGUCCCAUGACACAAGCUUGUACCGUAAGUGACAUGAAUGAAUCCGAAUACUAUAACCGAGAAGACGAAGUUAUUCAAUCCAAACUAAGGAAAAAAGUGUCGCCCAGGAAAUAUCGGAGUCUGCGGAGUAACUAUGAAUAUUAUGACCGAGAUGCUCAACAUUGCUCUGAUCUAGAACGGAGCUCAACCGAAAUUAUAAAAAAUUUUGGUGGUGACGGAAAGCGAUUUGUGAAAUCGUGGGAUUUGCAUUUAAAAUCGAAAAAUGACCAUACAUCUCAAGACAUGUGGUCCGUUCUAAGAAACAUAAACAAAUUCCAAUUUAGGCCGUCGCCACGAAUCUCUGAUGUCAGUUUAGGAGUUUCACCAAAGAAGCGAAGUACUUUCGCAAAAAAGCACACCAAUCUUCCAAAUGGCAGACGUCUUAUAGAGACUUGUCGCACUUCGAAAGUAUCAUAUGUAGCUAAUUUUGAAUUCGAUGAUGGUUCGCCUCGGUUAGGCAUUUCGCCGUCUGUAAGUGGCGAUCGAAUCACAGUUGUUGAACAAAACAGCAUCAAACCGAAGCAUGAUACGUACCAUAACAUGACUAAGGUAGUUACACCAAGGAGCCCGCUUACGAUUCGUAACAGAAAUUCCGUCAGAAACAUUGUUCGUCCAACAAAUAUGACAAAUUUGAAAUCGAUUGCAAUCAGAGAAUACAAUAAAUAUGUACCUUUUAAUAAAUGUCUUCCUGAGGCUAAGAAUAUAAAUACGAAACACAGAUGCAGUAGCACAAGACUAUCAAUUGAUUCAAGUAAUGGUUUGAGGACCAAAGAUAAUAGCAGGGUGAUUGAGCCGUCGGGAAAGUGUACCAUGGACGAUGAACACUUGAUAGAUAAAAAAGAUCAGCUUGGUACAGUUACGGUGUUUACGCAGAAAUCUCGCCAAGUUACAAUUAUGCCGAAAUUGACCAGGGCAGAUAUAAAAAGAAGACUGAAUCACUUAAAAUUUCCGUUGGUAGUUCUGGGUAAAGAUCAAAUUAGUUCUUCCAUGGAAAUUUUCGACUACGACCCACCUCAGUUUGAUGGUUUAGAUAAACAUAUAUGGCCCUUUAUGCUAAAGUGGACUGCAAAGGACGCUGACCCGAUUGACCAAGUUACCAACAAUCUUAGAAAAAUUAGUUUUGAGGUACAUAAGAAACCGAACAAUACUUAUGUGCAAUUGACCGGGAAUAAGAAGAGUGAAAAACGAUUUCCCCAACAAGGAGAACAUACAGCGUGUCCAUUGGUACCAAAGAAAUCUAAGCCUGUGCGCCAUUUCAGAGAUAAAAUGUUAAGGUUUUUGUACAAAAAUCCUUCGCCUUCUAAUACUGAAGAAAAUAAGGAGGCAAAAUGUGCAAAAGUAGAGAAAGUAGACUUUUGCACAGAGCCUGUAAUUGAAACCCUUGCAAAACCGUAUAAACAAAAUAAAAAUCUGGAUACAUUAGAAGAGAAACCAAACGGCAUAUUUAUCCUUUCUGAGCCGAACAAACCGAAGGAGAUUCUUAAUUUAUUAGAAAAACAAACUAAAAAUAUGUUUGUGUCUAACUCGCGUAGGUCCUACCCGGGAAAGGUGGGAGGAUAUAUGAAUGGGUCAAAAAGCGAUCAUUGGAAUUUCAUAGAUAAUAUCAUAAAGAAAGUAAGAAGCGGUGUCUAUUACAGUUAUGAUGAAAACAUUUUGAGCUCUAAAUCUGAUGAAGUCGAUUAUAUUGAAAAUGUGAUGAAUACGUCCUCUGAUAGGAGUGAAUCUAAUGAUGGUGCCAUACAAAGUAAUGAAAAACAUAGCAAGAAUGAUUUGCUUCGACCUUCAGAUGUGCUUACUGUUAGAAAUGAUAGUGGUGCAUUCCACCCUUCAAUAUCCGAGAUUGUUGGCGUUAAGAUCCCUGGAUUUGACGAUGACGUAGAUAUUCUGCGCGAACUAGAAGUCAAUUCGCUAACGUUUAAUAAAAUAGCAAUAAAACAUCGCUUAACAAAUGUGAUAGUACAAUUCGAUGUCACAAUACCUAGCAACACGUGUGAUAUCGUCUUGGAUGUAAAGAAUUCAUUUUCUUUAGUACCACUAACCGUUAUUGAGAAUAAUACGAAAGUUUUUAAGUGCAAUACUAAAAUUGUUAAUGCUAUCUUGCCAGCUGAACUGUGCAACCUGGUGCCAAAGUUGAUGCGUGAUUUCUUAGAUUCGAAAAAGCACCUGACUCUAUUCCCCACUGCUACACCCUCUAACACUACUCAUGUCCAGGAGUGUGCAUGUGCGACAUCUGACCUCGAUUUGUACUCAAUUUGUAAUGUCAAUUCAUGCAAUGUUUUGGAUCUAUAUGACAUACCCAACAGAAUAGCGUGUGAUAUGUCACCCGUAUUAAGAACAGCAUUGGAUGGCAAAUUUGCAAUUAAAAUAUAUUUGCCUUUUGUAUCAACAUACAGUCGUUGUACUCUUCAAAAGUUUGUUAUAAAUCAUACGUCAGGUAUGGUCGAUAUAACAAAUUUAUUACCUGCGCUGUCGUCUCCAAUACCAAUAUUCCUGUGUAUAGUUAAUCCAUUAGAUUUCCUUAUGCCCAAAGUAAACUCCGGAAAACAAUGGAAAUCGUUUAAUUGUAAGACUCUUCAAGUGUAUCAAAAGAAGGUUUAUUCAUUGAAUGACAUAGGUCAUCCAAAUUUAAUGCACACUAUGAGAACCUUUUAUACUUUUAAUCUCACUUUCUAUAUGCCGCCGUAUUUAAAUCCUUUAAUCGUGAGAAGUGAUAUUAUGUUACUGACGUUAAUAGAGGAUAUUGGAGGGACUAUUACUACUACUGUCAGUAAUAUGCACGCGGAAUCGAUUUCAAGUCGGUUCUUAAGUAUGAAAAUUAUUGGAAUAAAGUUGAAAGUUCCUCAGAUUGAAAUUGCACUAAAGAAGAAUGCUUCCCAGACGGGAAUUGUAUCCGAUAACGUCAUAACCGAAGUUUUACCGGUACAAGCAAAACAAAGCAAGGUAGCUUUCUCAUUACAUGAAAGUAACUUAAUAAGCGGAAAACCAAAUGUUAUUUCCGACUUACUUAAUAAAACAACGAAGAAAGAGCUAAAAUAUCGCAAAUACGGAUACAGUAGAAUUUACAAAAAGUGCAAAUCUACAACAAGCUUAUCUGGUGAAAGAUCUUCCACACCUUUGAAUAAAAUAUCUAAUUUAGAUGAUUUUUUCCAAGCUCUCGGUUGUGCAAAGACAAUGUCUUGUAUUUUCGAUGGAAAUAAUGGCCAAAAGAUCAUGACAGCGAUUGAUGAGUUGAAGAGCUGGAUUUCCGACUUAACUCCACGACAAGCUAUGCUGGUUUUGCUACUGAUGAAUAAGAAGGAUACACCAAACCUAAUACGUUUUCGUCCAGUCUUACUACAGGGUAUCGCGGUUAAUAGAAUUACGAGAGCGAUAGAACUUAAUAUGGAGAUUGAAGUUAUUGAGACCGAGAAUGUAGGACUAACGAAAGAGUAUGAAGGAAUUAGCUAUGUACCCGCAUCGAUAGAGAAUCAAGAUUCUCUUUUAGAGGAACUGUGUUGGAUUGCCAAAAAUACUGCAUCAGACUACCAGAAGACUUUCGAUGAAUCAUCGGCAAAACUUUUGAAGUCUCUUAUACAGAAAAGGAAGAAAUUAAAUCCAUCUUACCUUCGUGUAGUAGCGCGCUAUGUCGGGUUGGGCCUCUUGAAAAAGUACAAUUGAAAACACCAGUGCGUUUUUGGGUUGCGGUAUUAUUUGGCCAAACGAGUGAAAUUAUAGUAACAGGUUUAUUUCUACUUGAGAAGAUGUUACCAAGUGUUAAAUAUUA